AUAUAUAAACCUGUGCGCGCCAAACCCACCGAAUUCCCCAGUUCACACGGGUCGCGUGCGUCUACUACAAUUCUUCCUAUUUACGCCAAAAUGGAUGAUUUCUUCAAGUGAAUUUCAGCUCGGAAACCCAUGGCUUCGUCGCCGUCGUUUCUCACCGGCGAGAGAGCUGUGGUAGCACUCUUCAUUGGUCAAAUUGUCUUUUCUAUCUCUCAAUCUCUCCUCUCCGAAUCUCUCUCCCUUUCUCUCCUCUCUCUCCUCGCCCUCUCUGUCGAGAUCUCCGUCGAUGCCUCUUCUUCAGUUUCCCUCUCUCACUUCUUCAAAACCAGGCCUGGUGCGUCAUCAGGUAUAAUUUUGGGGGCAGUAACGCUUCCUGGGCUUAUGGUAUCAAAGUUGAUCCAGAUUUCAAGAGCUGUAUCUUUAAAUCAAGUUGGAACUGAAGCAGAGCUUGAAAAUCUGCAACUACUAUAUUGGGUGACAUCUGCAAGUUGCUUCACCGUGCUAGCUUAUCUUUGCUUCAUUUUUUACCGUCAAUCAGACAGCAAGAAUUGUGCUACUUUUCGCGUUAGCUUAAGUUGCAUAGCAUUGUAUUUUGGAGUCUGCUGUGUGUCAUUUGCUGUGAAAUCUCAUGGUGGGUGGUAUGCAGUAGCAAUCUUAUUGUGGCUGUUCUUUCAUGGGUUUGCAGCAGUAAAACUAAUUCAGAAUAUUCUUCACACUUUUCCAGCAUGCGCUUCAAUUGGAGAAGCGUUACUGGUUACUGUUGGCCUUGUUAUCUAUUUCAGUGAUAUGCUUGCUUGUACUGCUGCUAAGUCCCAUGGGUACUUUACUGCAUCUAAGCUAGUGAUGGUGCCAUAUGGAGUCCAGAGAAGUGAAGUUAGCAUUAUUAUUCAGGGAUUGAUUACUGGCCUUCUUAUUUUCCCUAUGCUAUUUAAAAAUGUGCUUCAAAUUUUGGAGCGGGUCAGCUCGGCACCUUCUAGAGAUAGAGGAGAUGAUCAAAUGAGGCGAUCUCUUGUGUUCUAUGUUUCCCUCGUAUUUGUUCUUGUUAUAGCUGUGCCAUCAUGGAUGCAGCUUGUUCAAGAUUUUCAUGUUCACCCUUUUCUAUGGGUAUUGGACUUUGUUCUGUCAGAACCGCUUAAAAGGUUGUCGUUGUGUAUCUAUUGGUUGGUUGUUAUUUAUGUAUCAGUUAUCCGGUUUUACAACAUUUCAAAGAGCAGUAAGAUUGAGAGGAUUCUUCUUCGGAAAUACUACCAUUUAAUGGCUGUUUUGAUGUUUGUUCCUGCUCUCAUACUUCAGCUUUGGCAGUUUUCUUGAUAUUGGAAAC